AUGCUAUCAGAUGCUGCAGAGGAACAGAAAGUUCCAGAUUCAAGUGUAAAAACCCGUUCGGCGUUAUUAAAACAUGAAUUAGACACGGAGCAUUCAAUUGAUUGGACAUCUUGGAGAAUUCUAGCUAAAGACAGUUCAAGUUACCGUUUAUUAAUGCAGGAAUCUUUGGCAAUAUUGGACAAACAACCAGAACUAAAUCGAACCGUAUGCAGUGUGCCAUUAGUGAUUUUUCCAGAUGGUUUACAAAGGAUCAAACCCACAGUUAAAUUAAAACAGUGGCAUUAA